CGACAAAAAAUUAAAUAUUUUAUAUCUUAUAUUAUUAUAAACGGAUAUUUAUAACAGCAGCGUUACAUAUAUAAAUAUAUAUAUACACAUACGUACAUCUUCUUCUUCAUCAUAACAGAAAAAUACAAUACUAUCCAUUUUCAGGUGCUACCAAGAGUACUAAAAACCAACAACCAACCCCCACCACCCAACCCCCAUUUCCUCAAAAUUCAUGAUUUAUGUAUGUUAGUGUACAUGAUAAAUAGUAUUACAAGUAGAAUUAGAAUCCAACUCUGUUUUUGUUAUCAAAUCUUCAUAAGUAUCGCCAUUUGCAUAUUUCUUCUUCUUUACUUAUGAGAUCGUUUUUUCAUAUUCAUUGUAAAAAUUUCAAAUUCCUUCGAAAUAACUUAUGUCGUAGCUAUAACAUAGCUACGACAACAGUAGCACCACUAACAACAACGAAAAAAAUCGUUGUUAUAAUGGGUGCUACUGGUUGUGGAAAAUCAAAACUCUCGAUCGACCUCGCUACUCGUGGUUUCAAUUCGGAGAUUAUAAAUUCAGAUAAAAUUCAGGUUUCUAAAGGGCUUGAUAUAACAACGAACAAAAUUUCAAUCAAUGAACAGAGCGGCGUUGUUCAUCAUUUACUAGGUGAGUUUUCCGGCCCCGAGUUAUUUUCCCCUUCUGAUUUCCGGCAUACUGCUGAUAACAGAAUCACUGAUAUUAUCAAUCGCCGGAAACUUCCAUUAAUCGUCGGUGGAUCGAAUUCCUUCAUCUACGCUUUGUUAUCAAAUCAGUUCAAUCCGGGUGUAGAUGUUUUCGGUGAGAUAAACCCGGUUCAGUGUAUAUCAAAAGAGCUUCGUUACCAUUGUUGCUUCAUCUUAGUCGAUGUUCUCACUCCGGUUCUGAAUCGUUACUUGUUUCAACGAGUCGACGAGAUGAUGAACUCCGGGAUGUACGAAGAGCUCGAAGAGUUCUUCGCGAAAAACGGAUUUUCCGAUCGGAACACCGGGAUAAGAAAAGCGAUUGGAGUACCGGAGAUGGAGGGGUAUUUUAGGAAUUUGAAAAAUUGUACCACCGUACAGGAAAAAUGCAGAUUAUAUGAAGAAGCAGUGAGAGAGAUAAAGGAGAAUACGAAGGAGCUUGCAGAGAAACAGGUAAGGAAGAUCCAACGGUUGAGAGAGAGUGGGUGGGACCUACAAAAAGUAGAUGCCACGGAGGCACUCCGGGCGAAAAUGUCGCCGGAAAACAGCAAGAUUCCGGCGACGGAAAUUUGGGAAAGACAAGUUGUAUUACCAAGCAUGAAGAUUGUGAAACAAUUUUUGUUGGAGUAGGUUUUCCAGCUAAUUACACCAUAUUUUUCUUUCUUUUUUUAUAAUAUAUAGAUAUAUAAUUUUUGGUUUUAUAAAAAAAAACGUAUGUAAUGAAGG